CAAUAUGCUUCGCUACUCAUUGGCAGACUUGUGGAUCCCCGACUUGCUUCCUUACAAUGAAAUUGGAAUCUUCAACCCCUCCAAAUAUCACAAUAUCAUCCCAGUGGGCGUGGAGUCCGAUGGGACAGUGCACUGGACUAGUCCUCUGACCAUCACCACUACAUGCACGAUGGAUGUGACCAACUUCCCCUUCGACUCCCAGACAUGCACGAUCAGUGUGGGUUCCUGGCAGUACCCAGCAGACCAAGUGGACAUCUACUGCACUCAAGCACACCUGGACCUCUCCGCGUACUCCCACCACACGCAAUGGCAGCUGCAGGACACAUCCUGUCAUCGGGCGGAGCUUUUGGUAGAGAACAGCAGACAUUAUAGUUACCUCGUUUUGUCCUUUACAUUCAAGCGACUGAGUGACUUCUACGUGCGUAAUCUUCUCCUCCCGAAUGCCGGCCUCCUCGCCCUCAGCGCACUUAUCUUCUUGCUGCCAGCAGAACAGGGUGAUCGGAUUGGGUUCGGGGUGACCCUCACACUUGCUCUCUGUGUGAACCUGAUGAUAGUCACAGAGUUUAUCCCGGAGACAUCCAAGACCAUCCCAGAAGUAUGCAACUACUUCCUCUGCAACAUAUUCCUAUCAUCUGCGUCCAUAGCUAUGGCCACUUUGUCCAUUAAUCUGCAUCUAUGGAUCGAAAAACGCCAACUGAGACUAGAAAUUUCUCAAAGAAAACCUCUGGACGGUAGAAGUAACCAACAAAACAGACCGAGCCAAGACUUGGCUAACAACAACUUCACAGAAGUAGUCGAGGACCAAAAUAACAGACGUAAAAUUAACAAAACUAAGAAUAAUGUUUGUUUGAUUGAAGCACAAGGAGCUGAAUUGGGAGGAUGUAAAAGGAAACAGUCGAAAUUGAUGGUUCAAGUUGACAUCGCAGUCGCAAUUUUGUAUUUCAUUGGAACCACGACAUACUCAGUUUUGUUCUUUCGCAAAAUUUAUUUCAACUGAAAACUAAAAUUUUUGUUUCUGCACAGAAUGAUAACAAAAGUUAUCGGAUAUCAUAAACAACACUUUCAUGCUACCUCCUACAAAAGUCAUGCUGCAAUUUGAAUCAAACUUUAUAAAUUAUGCACUGUCUCACUUAUCGCUCCUUUUCGAGAUUUAAA